AGUCAUGAACCUGCUUCCGAACAAGUCUCCUUUGUCAACAAUGACAUCUCUUUGUGCUUUGUGAAUUUUGGGAGGUUUUCUUAAGGGGGCAUCUAACAGUUCUCCCGCUGGGAGGUCUAGGUCAGUGGGAGGGCAAUUGGUUAGGAAGCAAAAAGAGCAUGGUCGGGGGGGUGGUCCCUGGCAGAUGAAAGCAACCGGGGCGUGUGGGAAGUCAGUCUUGCUCCGAAGCGAGGGGACCAGUGGGCUUGGUGACCACACUGUGUUGGCUGCAAUCCUUGGCCAGAAGAGGUGGGGGAGGGUAGGUGCUAGACGAAUCAUCGCAGUGAAACAGGAAGGACGGGGAGGGAACAGCACAGUGGGGUGACCCCGGGGGGACCCUUGCUGUCACCCUAGCUGCUAGCGCCAAGUAAGCAUGGGUCGAGGGGACAAACUCCACAAGCUGCCAUGAUGUCUCAUGAGGACAACGACUUGGAGGAAAUUCUUUAUGGACCGUUCGAGCCCUGUGAAAACCGUCUUACAACUAUAGCGACCCUAUUUUCAACUCACGAAUCCGGUGGCGACUUAAGCAGGCCCCUGUGGGAGACAGAGACAGACUGAGCUCUGGGAUAUCCGGGGACGGGGGCCCCAUCAAGUGGCAACCAAGGGCGGCCAUGGCCAUCUAAGGGCGAGCCGCGUGGAUAAAAGUGGCCACCUCUGCAUUGUGACUCCCCACAAUGUGCCUCAUUAUGACCCAGACCCCUCACCAGCUGGUAGCUGUCCCCAGGUCCCAGCAUGAGUACAGUGUGGUUGGGGCCUGGGGGGGGGGGCGGUGGCCCAGGUGGCCCUAGGGCCCCCCCACCAUGGAAAACCAGCUCUGGUAUGACAACGUGGGGUGCUGUAAUCAGUAUCAGGAACAUCCGCAGGAUCCCGAAGAUGUGCUGCUUCUGCUGGUGGGCCUCGUCAUCCUGGUGAACAUUGCGAUCAACGUGGUGACCAUGAUGUGGCAUGGACUCCAGAACGUCUUAGACAAGAUGAUCUCUUGGACUAAUCAGAAAAAUGAAACCUCCCAGCCUUGUGAAAGUCCCACCAAGGAUCCCCCUGCCAAGCCCCAAGACGUCCACGUCCACUGCACCCUGGAGCCCAUGGAAGUGAAGCUGGCCCGGCCCGUGUGCUACCCGUCCUCCUCUUACCACCAUCUCCGCAGCUCCCGCUCCUGCCGCCCCCGCCGCCCCCGCCGCCACCGCCACCGUCCCCGCAGCCGUGGCCCUCGCCAACGCCACGGCCACGGUCACCGCCACCACCACCACCACCACCACGACUAUUGCAGCCACCAGUGGGGGCUGAAGAACCAGAAGCAUUUAUGCCACAACCGCUCAGCCUUCCUCAGCCACCAUCAAGGCCGCAAGAUGUCCCAGCUGCGGGUGGUGCCCUCCUUCGGGGGCGACCUGGACUCCUACCUGGAGGAGGAGGACCUGGCCUUCCCACACCCCAAGUACCCACGGGGCGGCUGGGGAGGGCUUUACCCGCAGAGGGGCCUGCCCUCCAACGUGGGGCUGUGGGGCCGCCGGGGCGGGAUCCUGGCCAGUCUGCCCCCACCCUCCCUCUACCUCUCGCCCGAGCUGCGUCGCAUGCCUAAGCGUGUGGAGGCCAAGUCGGAGCUGCGGCUGCAGUCCUGCGGGCCCCACUGCUCCCAGUCCCGAGUCUGGGGCAGCAUGGAGGUAGAGCAGUGGGCCUCACCUCCACCGCCCCUCCGCCGGCUGCCCCCCAAUCCCUCCUGGGUCCCCGCGGGGUUCAGCCCUUACCCCUCGAGCGGCCAGCUCCUCUAUGACUCCUGGGACCAGCGGCGGCGGGGUCUGGAGGGCUCUGAGCCCCCGCCCACCCUGGUGCCCCGGGGCUCCCGGCCCGAGGCCCGCGAGCACUGCUCCCCCCAGGCGCACCGGCGGAGCGUCCCCGGCCACACUUACAGCCAGCCCAGCCGCAGCCCGCACCCGUCCACGGGCCACCUGAGCUACAAUGCCCGCGAGCCCCACGAGGUCCGGCGCCGGGCGGCCGAGUGGGCUGAGGCACUGCCGGCUCGGCACCCUCUGACGACUUCUACCUCCCUCACCAUGCUGGGCGAGACCACCUACCAACGGGCCCCAGCCCCCUGCUCGGCCCUGCUCCCCCAUUCCUCCCAGCCCCUGCCUGAAGCCCAGGUCCCCGAGCCCCCCCAGCCCCAGCCCACCUUCCUGCCGCUCAGCAGGAACCCGGGGGGCACUGCCAGCUGCCAGGUCUACGACAGCCUGGAGCUAAAGCGGCAGGUGCAGGAGAGCCGAGCGAGGGCCAACUCGCUGCCCCCGCCCUCCGCCUCGGCCUCGAGGCCAUCGCUGCACCGGAGCCGGACCGGGAAGCUUCACUGACCCGCGGCAACAGGGGGGGUGCCACACAGAGAGGCAGGAAUAAAGAGCAACAGAGUUCGGAAAGCACUGUGGUGUGUUCUGCGGCU